AUGUACAUCCUCACUCUCCUCUUUUUGACCUUCCUCUCGAUCCUCUCCCUCACCAACGCCACCGUCAUCCCCAACUUCCCCGACACCCCUCCUUCCAUCCACCUAGUCCUCAACAACAACUGCGGCUUCGACGUCUGGGUCCGCCAGGGCGUCGCUGCAGAGCCUGGAGCGCGCAAAGGCCAGGGCGAGAACUGCGGUCCCAUGAGCGGCAGGGACACAGAGGAAGUCAAGAUCAGCGCGGGACAGAAGUUCAUCACACCUGUGGCUAUUCUCGAGGAUAGCUGCGGACACUCUGUCAAGGUCGCUCGCAAGCCAGCAGAUUGGCAGACGGUCUAUCAGUACGAGAUGAACUGGGCUAGGGAGAACCACAAGAUCUGGUACAACCUCUCUUGCCUAAACGGAAACCCUUUCACCGACGUCGCCCGCCAGAUCGGUGGUCCUUAUGGCUUCGACUGCUCGUACUUCCGCUGUGAGCCUGGCAACAAUGGUAGCCAGUGCGAUUACCCCAAGAUGGCCAACUGCGCUACCGCCGGCGAUGUUAUCGGCUAUCUCUGUUAG